AUUGUUUAUUUAGAAUCUAAUUUCUAAAAACAAAUUAUUUAAAUGCGCUGUGCUGUAAAAAAUUGCGGAAAUAAUAAUCGCAAUUCCAAUAGAAAGAAAUGGCGAUACUUUCACUUCCCCAAAGAAAAGGAACUCCUCCAAAAAUGGAUCGAUUUCUGUCAGCGGAAUAAUAUUAAUUCCGCCACAGCUUGUAUUUGCAAUGAGCACUUUGCACCCGAUGAUUUUGAGCGGAAUCUGCAGUACGAACUUGGAUUUACCCGGAAGAAUCCAACUAAACUUAAGCCAGGCUCAUUUCCAAGCCUAAAUAGACCCCAAAAGUUGGUUAAAGACAAGCGUAGAAAAACUGAAAGGGAUUCUGCAAAUGUUUCCAAAGCUGGAUCUGUCAAGAAUGCCAAUAGCGAUUCUGAAUUUUCCCAAGAAGAAACGCAGUCUCCACAGGCCCAUGAGACCAUUGAAAUCCAACUCUGUAACUUUACUACCGAUUUUGAGGACUUGGAAGAAAGUUCACCAAGGGAUUUUAAUGAAGUUUUGGAGCUAAAAGGUGCUUCUGAAGGGAGUGGGUCCUCCCAAUCACUUAGGGAUACCGAUACUCUUCAAAGUCACAGGCACUUGGAAGUGGAAAUUCUUGAUCCGAUGAACCCUCAAUCGAAUGCCAAGGACCAUGUGGAGAUAGUGGAUUCAGUUGGAGACAAUUAUGUGAAGCACUUGGAGCACGAAGUAUGUUCUCUGAAGCGGGAGGUAUUUUUUCUUAAGAGCGAACGCAAGAAACUAAUGGAAGAAAUUCAAAAUCUCAAAGACACUAUUCGAAGAUCAUAAUCUAUAAAAGCCAACCUCGACGUCAUAUUUUUAAUGCUUUUUUUAAAGGGAAGAAUUACUGGCUUUAAGAACACUGAUAAAAAUAAAAAUUGGACUGACUAAUUAUUAUCUAAGUACAGGCAUAAAAAAAGUUAUUGUAGAUAUGCUUCGAAUUAUUUAAUAUUUAACUUAAAAUUCUAGGUUAAAAAUAAAUUUGAAUAAUUGAAAACAUACACUUCUGAAUUUUUAUCCCCAUCCUUAGUUUAAACUUUAAACUUUAAGGAAACCCUUUUUUGUUAGUAUGAAGUCUAACUUAAAAGUAAGUUGAUAGACAGAAAUAUUAUAAAAAUUCGUAGCUGCCAAGGACAAGGAUUUAUUUUACAUACGGUGGGCAGACGUCUCAGAUAAAAUUCCAGAAAAAUAUGUUUGUACCUAGCAGUACUACUUCUGCCCUUUCUGUCAACUUAGGCAAAAAAUCAGCGGGUAAUGGUACUCUUAAAUAUUUUUAGGUGUCCGUGUUUAUCUUUCCAGGAAUUUUUCGGUAAUCGCGGUGCGGUAAUUUUCGCCAAGGGCAAAGUCAUUACAGCAGGCAAGAAACCUUAUUCUGAAAAAUUCCCAAUUUCGCCUACCUGGAGGAGUAUAAAACCUGUGGUCUACUGGCAAUCGAUCUGCACUGCAAGCGAUGUUCUCCGACCGACAACAUCCAUCGCGGACCGCUGACAGCUUCUGGCGGAGCUCCACGGACCUGGCGCUGGAUCUUCGCGGAACCUAAGGACCAGAUGGCGAGCCCAUCGAAUCAAACACAGCCUGGACCAACUCUGAGGAUCCAAUCAUCAGUAGCUUGCGGUGUCAGCAAAUUAGCCGAAUUUAGACAAUUGUAAAUUUUAGCUCUAUUCUAUAGACCAAUUGUACAUUUUAGUUAAUGCUCUAGCUCAAUUGUAUAUAUACAUCAUCACAAUUGUAUAUACCUAGUUAGCCAAUUUAAUCUAAGUAGUGAAAUUGUAUAUAAAAUCCUUAACAAAUUUUUAGCCAAUUCAAUAGACCAAUUGUAUAUAUGAGCAAAAAUGUAGACAAAUAUUUACAAAUAAUGUAGCCAAAUUUUUAGUUCAAUUGUACAUACUU